AUGAGGGGCGGCGGAAGGAGUGCCGGAGCGGUCGUGGUGGAGCAUUUGGCGUUUACCGCCAGCGCCGGGGACUCCGACCCCCGCUCCAGGGCGGUGUUGUUCGCAGGACAGCUGUCAAAUCUGCACAAACUUGCCUGGAGCCAAGUGAAGGGGAAACUGGAGCCCCGGGUGACCCAGGAGGUCUGGCAGGCAGCAUUGAGAACAUUGAAUCCAAAUCCUACAGAUACUUGCUCUCUUUGGCUCAAUUAUGCCCUUGUGGCAGCACUCCCAUCCAAAGUCAGUCGCCACAACAGUCCAUCUUCAGCUCACUUUCUCACACGAUUGAUUGGCAGCUUCUUGUCUGGAAGAACCAACCAAUGCAUUGUGUUAGUCUGUGAAUAUGCAGAGGUUUUUGCCUUAGCAUGUGCACUAACGAGGGCGUUUCCUUUGUUCACUCGACGCACUGGAUUGCCCGAACAUGAAGACAAGCUCACUGUUACUGUAGAGUUUAUUCUGGUGGGAGAAAAUACUGAGCCACUCUGUGAAUCUGCACUUGCAUGCCUGUUAAAUGCUGCUGAAGGCAUCCGAUUAGCAGCUCGUAUUGUGGAUAUGCCAUGUUGUGAGAUGAAUACAGAUGACUUCCUUGAGGAAAUCAACCUCGUUGGAUCUGAGCUGGGCAUUAUUCCCACCAUUAUCCGUGGGGAGGAACUUAAUCACAAGGGAUUUGGAGGCAUCUACGGAGUUGGAAAAGCUGCAAUGAACCCUCCUGCUCUUGCAAUACUUAGUCAUACACCAGAGGAUGCUACGCAAACUAUAGCCUGGGUCGGCAAGGGUAUUGUUUAUGAUACUGGUGGUCUCAGCAUCAAAUCAAAGACACAGAUGCCAGGGAUGAAGAGAGAUUGUGGAGGAGCUGCUGCUGUCCUUGGAGCCUUCCGAGCAGCAGUGAAACAGGGUUUUAAAGAAAACUUGCAUGCAUUAUUCUGCCUGGCUGAGAAUGCAGUAGGAGCUGAAGCCACUAGACCUGAUGACAUUCACCGACUAUAUUCUGGAAAGUGAAAACUGGUUGAGAUCAAUAACACAGAUGCAGAGGGUCGUCUAGUUUUGGCUGAUGGAGUGUCCUAUGCUUGUAAAGACCUCAAAGCAGAUAUUAUCAUAGAUAUUGCUACUUUAACUGGAGCACAGGGUAUUAUUACUGGGAAAUACCAUGCUGGAUUGCUCACCAAUAAUGAAGAGUGGGAACGGGCCUGUGUCAAAGCCGGACAAAACAGUGGCGAUCUUGUGCACCCAAUGGUUUAUUGUCCAGAACUCCACUUCAGUGAAUUUACUUCAGCUGUGGCAGAUAUGAAAAAUUUUGUGUCUGAUCGGGCGAAUGCUGUGAGUUCCUGUGCAGGCUUGUUUAUUGAAGCACACAUUGGCUUUGAUUGGCCAGGAGUAUGGGUGCACAUUGACAUGGCUUCCCCAGUUCACUCUGGAGCUCGGGCUACAGGCUAUGGGGUAGCACUACUUUUAGCAUUGUUUGGUCGUGCAACAGAUAAUGCAUUGUUGAACGUCAUUUCCCCAGUUGGUGUUAACUUUGCCACAGAAGCUGAUAAUUCAAUGGAAAAUAGCUCCAAAAAGAGAAGACUGAUAUGAAUUUUGCUUGAAAUUGUGUUCAUUAUCUGUUGUAUGGAAUUGAAAGUUUUUAUUUACUGACACUGUUUUAAAUUGUGCAUUAGUAUUUGGGAGCAAACAGUAAUUAUUUUCACAGCACCAACCUUAAUGCUGGUAUUGUCAUAUAGAACAUAGAAACAGUACAGCACAGGAACAGG